UGAUAUCAAGGACUCUAAUUCAACAGGGAGAUCAUGACCCGUCGGCUGAGUAGCUCCACUCGUUCACACACUGAAGACUCCAUCUUCCUGAGGCCCGAUGAGGACCCCGUCUGGUUGGAUGAGCCCACAAAGGUUGAUAAGAUAGGCGACGGAGCCGCUAAAAAUGAUGGUGUCCUUGACUGCAAAGAUGGAGGCCAAAGCCAAGAUGGAGAGGAAAUGUUUAUCCACAAGGUGUAUGCGCUGGUUAUGGAGCUUCAGUGCUGGGCUGCAUUGUUUAUCAGCUCCCAAGUCACAGGGUAUUGGGUAUUCUUUGUGCUGGAAGGAAAUGGACCGCUCUCUUCCUUCUACAAGGCCCUACAGGUCAUGGACUUCUACUUGGGCUUCUUUUUACCGUGUCAAGCAAUUUUCGGAAUGGACUCUACAGUGUUGAUGAAAGAGGUGCAAAACACCACACAGCACAACUGGAUUGUCAGCGGCACUGCAGGCAUUGGAGUGGCAAUCUUUGUUAUCAUGGUGAUCCACAUGGUGUCUAAGUGGUGUUAUGGGAGUGGCUUGUGGUCAUCAGGACCAAUCUCCAGAGAGAUUGGUGAUCGGCGCCAGUCCGUGAGCCGCCAGCCCUCCUUCACCCUGUCAGAGUGGACAGAUGCCCAGGAGGAUCUGAUGGACCUUGACCCAGUGCCCCAGACUCCUGUCUUUGACAUUGGCACAGACAACAGGAUGGAAGGAGAAGCAUCCACCCUCACCGUCACACCAGUGGGGCUUCAGGAGAGGAGAGGCUCCAACGUUUCCCUGACGUUGGACAUGUGCACGCCAGGCUGCACGGAGCCCUACGGCUACGGGGCUCAGCUCUCUCCCCGAGACCAGUCAGCCCAGGAGUACCUCCGACAGGGAACGCACGUCCUGACCCCUGCCAUGCUGCACACAAGGGCCAUGGAUGACCAGAGCCUGCAGGCAGAGUUUUAUGAAACUCCCAUGAACUUCGUGGACCCCAAGGAGUAUAAUUACCCAGGGCUUGUGAGAAAGAAUCGCUACAAGACCAUUUUACCCAAUACACACAGCAGAGUCAUGUUGAAGUCGCAGGAUGAAGACGAUUUUCUUUCUACCUACAUCAAUGCUAAUUAUCUCAAAGGUUACGGGGAUGAGGAACAAGCUUACAUCGCCACGCAGGGUCCCACUGUGAACACGGUGGGAGACUUCUGGAGGAUGGUGUGGCAGGAGAGAUGCCCGAUUAUAGUGAUGAUCACCAACCUGGAGGAGAAGAACGAGAAAUGUGCAGAGUACUGGCCUGAGGACACUGUGACCCACGAGGGCAUAGAGAUCGCCGUUGUCUCAGUAACUCAAGAGGACGACUACAGCCUGAGGGUGUUUACUCUAAAGUGUGGGGAAGAGGAGCGCACCCUUCGGCAUUACUGGUACACGUCCUGGCCGGAUCAGAAGACCCCGGACAAGGCUCCCCCCCUGCUGGAGCUUGUCCAGCAGGUGGAAGGAGCCCGAGAGGAAGCCCCGCCCUCCAGUGGCCCAAUAAUUGUCCAUUGCAGUGCUGGGAUUGGUCGAACUGGUUGCUUCAUCGCCACCUCCAUCCUGUGCAAACAGCUGAGGACCGAGGGUGUGGUUGACAUCCUGAGAACCACCUGCCAGCUUCGCCUGGACAGAGGUGGGAUGAUCCAGACCUGCGAGCAGUACCAGUUUGUGCAUCACGUCCUCAGCCUAUACGAGAAGCAGCUGUCUCACACAGCCGAAGAGUGACGUGAGCGCGUCAGCCGCUCCCAGACCGAGACACACCACUGUACACGGUACCACCUGUGGUGGUACGCGCCACCUCACCUAGCAUCGUUACACAAUCUCUCACCCUUUAACGACCCCGAAACCACGUUAAUCUCUUCAUCCGUAUUAGGCUCGUUUAUAUGGAACCAUGCUUAAUGUCGCUGCACAGAAUCAACAAAGAGGUGGAAUAGAGGCAUCACAAUGAAAAAAAACAAAAAAAAAACGAAUCAAACAAUGUUUUUAACAUCCGACCAGAGCCAGCAGGCCAGUGAUAAUCCAAGCCCGUGGCCCCGGUGUUGUUUCAUUCGCGCUGCUGAGACUUUCCACCACGCUGAUGCUCAUAGGUCUCAGUUGUCAAGGCCUUGUUUUAGUCUUGGUCUUAAAUAGCUCCCUUAUGUAAUGAUUGUACAGCUAUCAAAAGGUUGUAGUAGAGCUAAAGCAUUCUCAGAUCUCCUGCACUAGAGUUUGCUUUGAGAAAAUUCCCUCUAAGAAAGUUAGUGAUCCAAAUAAGGGCCCUUUACAAAUAAUCAACCGCCAGCCUAAUAUGUACUACUCUAUUGAUGUAAAAUGUUAACCAACAUCUCGCUUUUUUCCCUCCCCCCACUGACUCUCUUUUAGUGUAAAAAGAUUGCAGAAGGCCUGAGUCACCUCAUUUUCAGGUUGCAUGGUGCUAAGUAUUUGUUAAAGGCAUGUGCAAUGUUAUGGAACAUAGGAAUGUAACAGUUAGGACAAUUAGGAUUUCUGUGCAAACUAAAGUAUUCGUUAUUUUUUUUUAAUCCAUGCUGCGUGUGGCGGUCCUCAUGGCCCAUGGUGUUUUUUACAGAAGACAACAUCGUAAAUGUUCCCUCAGAGGCGUCACAGAGCCACGCCGAAGUGGCAAGAGCCAGAGACAGAAUCCCAAAGUGCAAACGAAAGCAUAUUAACGGCAGAUCUGGCGAAGAAACCCAACAAAGCUGAAGGGCGGUGACGUUCAGCUCCUUUUCAUAUCCCUCUCGUUGGACUCGUGUCAUAAAGUUUGUCGUCCACCUGCUCUGUGAUGCCUCUGCUUACAACAGUAGCUUGAACGUGUCCCGUGAGGUAACAAAGCUCAUGAUUGUUGUAUAGACAGGCCAGGCCUAAUCUGUAUGAAGCACAAUAGACCAACUAAGGUUGUCUCUCUGAUGUUCAGCUGUAAAGCUUAUUUUUUUCUGUAUUGUGUUUUUGAUUGUGUUGAGUUUAAUGGAUUGCAUGUGCCGUAUGGGACUCUGUAGGGUCCACAAUCAAAGCGAUGUGAUUGGUUGUCCUGCUUUUUGUUGUGUAAAAAAAAGGUGAAAGCCUAUUAUUAUUAUUAUUAUUAUUAUUAUUAUUAUUAUUAUUAUUAUUAUUAUUAUUAUUGCUUGCUCUCAGCCAAUGCUUUUGAUACAGUUUGCUUUUGUGAAACCAACCAGAGAUAUUUUUAGAACAUUUUGAUACAAUCCUUUCGAGUAGAUGCCUUGUGUAUAUUUCUGUUUACAACAUGAUGGAAUGUAGCUCAUACUGUGGAUCAAAACCAUUGGUUUAUAUUGCAAGACUUAAUUGAACAAAAUGUGACAACUACCUAAGUUACCUUACAGUAAAGUAAAUAGAUAGAUUAUGUUCAGUCUUGGGUAUUACUAUUUCUUUAGGCCUUCAGGCUUUGCUUUAAUAUGCUUUGCUUUCUGUGUAUGUUUUAAUUGUUUUGUUUUUUUUUUCUCAAAGAAUUUUACCUCAGACUGAGUUUUAACACAGUCCCUGUUUCCAUCUGUGAUUCUAGGCCACUCUCAGUUGACAACACAGUUGAGAAAUAAAUGCUAUGUGCAAGGCAGCUAAAACAGUGCAGAUAGUUUUCUAUGUAACAAAAAUCCAACAACUUCUAUGGCAGUGAACAUUAUCAGAGGAUCUAAGGAUUUACUCUUGUGGGCUCUGAUCCAUUACUAAACACAAACUCAACAUUGAUGAUUAAACUGCCAAAAUUGCUUGUCAUAUAACACUGGACUGAGGCUGACAAGGAAUGCCACAUUCUAUUGCCAGGUCUCUGCCAUAAUCCUCUGAUAACGUUCGGUCUCCUCGACUUGACAGCUUUUUAUUUUGAGUGUUUGUUACCAGUGCUUCACUCGUCCUCUUCUGAUGUUUCAAAUGAAGAUGACACACAAAAAAAACAGUCACACAUACAAUAACCAGCAAUCAGUAUUUCUCUCCUCUGCUAAAGUACCGCUUUAAGUUGUGAGUUUUUGCAUCCAAAUAAAAGUAGAUUUUCAUGAA